UUUGGCUCCAAGUCACGCCAUGCGCCUCCGGCCGCUCACGGCGCUCGCCCGAAAGGCCCCACCAUGGGGCGUGGCUGGACGGGCGCCGACGGACUGGCGCCCGCGCGCUUUGCGCGUCCGGUGCGCCAGUGCGGCCAAGCAGCAAGGACCUUUGUUGGUGAGUCCUAGUGGCGCACCACUGACAAGCUCCACUUCUGCUGACGGCGGCCCGGACUUGGAGCUUUCACCCGAGAAUGCGGCGCAGGUCCUGCAAAGUGGAAAUCCUUUCCUGCUGCUGGUGGGGGAGCUGGACAAGCAAGUGACCAAAAAGGUCGCCGGCUUGAGGAAGGCUGCGCAAGGACGCUUGCCACUGGUGAGACUCAAUUGCAGCGCCUUGCCCCAAGUCUGUGAAGCUCUACAGAUCGUCUCCUCGCCCACUUUGCUGCUUAUGGCCAAGGGCCAGGCCGUGGCUGCGCUCGAGCAGAUGUCUCCCCAAACGGCGACCGCCUUUGUAGAGAACGUGGCUCAGAUGUUGGGGCUCAAGGUGGAUCUGGCCGAGGCGGUGACCGAGCAGCUGCAGGACGCCGAGCUGCAGGAGUGGAAGGACCUGCCGUCGGCCGAGCAGAGCUUUGGCUCGGUCCUGAGCCGCAGCGAUCUUCCCAACGACGCCCGGGUCCGAGCGCUGGCCGGCCGGGCUCGGUGCCUCUUGAGGCGAAGGGAACCCACGGCUGCGCAGCAGUCGAAGGUGAUGUUGGAAGAGCUGCAAGCAGCUGGCCACGGAGGUGUUCCUGAGGUGAAGCAAGCCGUGGCUAUGCUGUGGAUUGACCAGAAGCAGCAGGAGCUAGGCGAGACCAAUCUGCAGACUCUCAAGGCUGCCUGGGAGGCCAAUCCCACCGAUUUCGCCGCGGUCCAGGCCUACGCUGUAUCCAUCUUUUGGGCGCAUGGGGAGGCCGAGGCCUUCGAAGCGGGGCUCCAGCUCCUGCGUCGGAAGCGCUCCGACGAGGCGAGGCAGCUGGUGCUGUCUUUGGUGGAGGCCUUGGGGCCUUCGCACCCGCGCAGCGCGCCCGCCCGAAGGUCCUUCAGCAACGCCCUCUUUAUCUGACGGAUGUGACGACAAAGCACACGGCUUUGGUCGUGCAUUUGUCAGGUGAUGUCGUGGAAGGCGCAAAGACUUCAAAGAUCCGAAAAAAGAGCCGUUCCACUCCGUUUGACAAGGAGUGACUGGUGCAAGUGACUGGUGCAGAGAAUGAUGCUUGAGA